CAUGCAUCACAAUAAAGUGACAACGCCGGAGUGAAUUAUAAAAAUGAUUAAAAAUGCUGUUUAUUUAACAAUAGUGUUAUACAUUUCAUUAAAAAGCAAAAUAGUGUUACAGUGAUUUUAAAAAUACAGUUUUAAAUUAGAACUGGGGAGAAAAUAAGAUUAUUUAAUGUGUAAUCCUAAUUGCUUGAGAAAGCAUCAUUCGCGUACGGCCAUAUGCACAGUAGCGGGAUUUAGUUUAUCGAAGCAUAAAGUUGACUACAUUCAUUUAUUUUCUAUCAUAAACGAUAUUCUUUUACAGUAACAACGAAUAACAAUUACGUAUUAUUAACUGUGUUAUUUCUGAACAAAGAAGAUAGAACUUUCUCACUCUUUCAUACGAAAUGGCUUUACCUCCAAAUUAUAAGCAAGUAGCGAUCGCUACAUCAAACAUCGUUGCAUCUAAUCAACGUCUUAGGGCUUCAGGUGGUAGCAGUAGUAGCUCAACUAAUAGUAAAGAUGCACAAAGUCCAUUUAUACAAACACCACAUAGUCACCCAGGAUUUACGCCACAAAAAGUUGGGAAAAAUACCAAUGCUGAUUCUCGUAUGCCCAAACCACCUAAGCCACCAGAAAAACCACUUAUGCCUUAUAUGAGAUAUAGUAGAAAAGUAUGGGAUCAAGUAAAAGCUCAGAAUCCUGAGUUAAAACUAUGGGAGAUAGGAAAAAUUAUUGGUCAGAUGUGGAGAGAUUUACCAGAAGAAGACAAGACAGAGUUUAUCGAAGAGUAUGAGGCAGAAAAGAUUGAAUACGAAAAAAGUUUAAAAACUUAUCACAAUUCACCUGCAUACUUAGCUUAUAUUGCAGCUAAAAAUAAAGGAAAGUCUGCAUUAUGCGCGGCACAACAAAGUAGCGAUGAUCGAGAGAGUCAUGAACGUUCAUCAAGCAGCACUAAAGGACAAGCAGCUCAAGAUAGAAGGAUAGAUAUUUUACCUGCAGAAGAUGACGAUGAUCAAGACGAUGGAUAUUCUGUGAAACAUGUUGCAUACUCUCGGUAUACUCGAAACCAUCGUCUUAUUAAUGAAAUCUUUAGUGACACUGUAGUUCCUGAUGUUCGCUCUGUUGUUACUACGCAACGAAUGCAAGUAUUACGUCGCCAAGUCCAAUCUUUGACAAUGCACCAGAAAAAACUUGAAGCAGAACUCCAACAAAUAGAAGAAAAAUUUGAAGCAAAGAAACGAAAAUUUAUUGAAACAAGCGAAAUAUUUCAAGAAGAAUUGAAAAAACACUGUAAACCUGCGGUAGAUGAAGACACAUUUAAUAAAAUGGUUGAACGACAAUAUGAAGCGCUUAGACGAGAUAGAUUGAAAGGCACGGAAGAAAAUCGUUCGGAUGGACCUGCAUCAAAUGAAUCAACUCCAAAUUCUACACCUACGCCAACUCCUGCUUCCGUUAAUGACGAAACUCCGUCCGAUGUUCCUGAAAACGAUGCAAUAGAAAAGAAACCAAACGUGUCUGAAAAACCUAACAUUGAAAUAAAAAAGGAAACGUGUUCUCCACCAUACACUGAAAAUAAACCUGAACCUUCGUCGGUUCAAGGAAAUUCUAAUCAACAUGCUUCUAAUUCUGGAGUUUAUUGUGGAGCUGUUAGUCCGAUACAACAACAACAACAACAGCAACAGCAGCAGCAGCAGCAACAACAACAACAGCAGCAGCAGCAACAACAACAGCAGCAGCAGCAGCAGCAACAACCACAACAGCAGCAGCAACAGCCACAACAGCAGCAGCAACAGCCACAACAGCAGCAGCAGCAACAGCAGCAACCACCAACUCAACAUCAACCACCCACAUCUCAACAUCAGCAGCAUUCGCAACAAUCAACUCAACAACCUCCUUCUUUGCAACCACCGCAACCGAUUACUACAACAUCAGCUCCUGCUGUGAAUAUAAAUACGAGUACACCAGCAAAUGCAACUACAAACGCACCACCUAUGCCUCCUGUUACUUCGCCAGCUCCUCCUAUACAACAUACUCAUCAGCAAGGAAUGUUGGGUAAUCACUCAAUGCCACCUCAUCAAGGAACACAAGGAACUCAGGGAACACAGGUGCUUCCAUCACAAGGGCCAGUUUCUAAUCCACAUACAUCCCAGAUGAUUCCGCCAAAUCAAGGCUAUAGUCAACAAUAUCAACCAGGACCAACUCAACAAGCUCAAAAUGUUCCAUUAGCUCCAAGACCUCCACAUCCAUCUUAUACUUACUCUCAGCAGCAACCAUAUCAUCAACCGUAUCCUCAAUAUGCACACCCAUACUACCAUCAACCAUAUUCGCAGUAUUCACCGCACACCAUGGGUCGUCCACAUGCUCAUGGUCCUCAUAGUCCGCACAGUCCUCAUUAUCACCCACAAUCUCCUCACGCCAUCGGAGAAAAUAAUUCUCCUAAUAAUAGUGUACCUGGUUCAAACACUGUUUCUGUACCAACAUCUGAUGCAAAUAAUUCAUCUUAUUCUCCGGCAUCGGGGCAUUGCGAAAACGAACGUUCGGUUUCUUCAGAGAAUCAAGAAGGACAAGUAGAUAUUAAAUCAGGAUCUGGUUAAUUACUUUUUUUAUAAUUACAUACAUCUAUUUAUAGUAUUCCUUUGAUUUUAUGUAAACUGUAGAACUACAUUUGAAUAAUAUGGAUGCAUUUAAACAGUUAUAAUAAAAUUGAUACAUUCAUUCAGUUUGUACAAUAAAAAUGCAUUAUUAAUCUUUUA